AUGUCUCCAUCAGCAACCUCGGCGGAAGUUAACCCCGCAUUCGUGUUGCACUCAAUCAAAAACGUCUCUAUUGAGAACAGAGAUAUCCCCAAGCUACGAACCGAGCACGAUGUCCGAGUGCACAUUGAGCAAACGGGAAUCUGUGGCAGUGAUGUGCAUUACUGGCAACGAGGCAGGAUCGGGGAUUUCAUCCUGAAGAGUCCCAUUGUACUGGGUCAUGAGAGUUCGGGAACCAUUGUGGAGACUGGAAGUCUGGUGAAGAAUGUGAAGGUUGGGGAUCGUGUUGCUAUUGAACCUGGUGUGCCGUGCAGAUACUGCGACUUCUGCCGCGAAGGGGCGUACAAUCUUUGCGCCGACACCAUUUUUGCCGCGACCCCACCGUGGGAUGGUACUCUUCAAAAAUACUACACCGUAGCCUCAGACUACUGCUACCCCAUCCCCGCACAUAUGAGCUCCGAAGAUGGUGCCAUGGUCGAGCCCACCGCAGUAGCCGUACAGAUCUGCAAAGUCGCCGACCUCCGAGCAAACCAGACCGUGCUCGUCUUUGGCUGCGGACCAAUCGGUGUCCUGUGCCAAGCAGUGGCAAAGGCAUAUGGAGCGAAGAAGGUCAUUGCUGUAGACAUUUCCAAAGCGAGGACGGAGUUUGCAAAGAAAUAUGCUGCGGAUGGAGUGUUUAUUCCCGAGCGAGCACCUGCUGGAACAGAUCCAGUGGAGGCUAGCAGAGCGGUGGGCGAGAAGAUCGUCGCUGAGUUUGGGAUGGGAGAAGGCUUUGACGUGGUUCUGGAAUGUACUGGCGCGGAGCCGUGUAUUCAGGCUGGUGUCUUUGCUGCGAAGAAGGGAGGAACUUACGUUCAAGCUGGGAUGGGCAAGGAGAAUGUACUGUUCCCAAUCACCACAGCAUGCAUUCGGGCGUUGAACAUCAAGGGCUCCAUUAGAUAUACGGCGGGAUGUUACGCAGCGGCAGUAGACCUGGUUGCAUCUGGCAAGAUCGAUGUAAAGUCCCUCAUAACCCAUAGAUUCAAGUUCGAAGAGGCAGAGCAAGCAUUUGAAUUAGUCAAGAAAGCCCAAGAGGAUGUUUUGAAAGUACCGCCCACCCCUCCCCCCUCCUCCCCCGUCCUCUCCCACUUCUCGCUCUCCGGCAAAACCGCCCUCGUAACCGGCGGCACCCGCGGAAUCGGUCUGGAAGUAGCCCGCGGGCUCGCCGAAGCCGGCGCCCGCGUCGCCAUCCUCUAUACCAGCACCUCCCCAUCGGAUGCCGACGCGACCGCAUCAUCCAUCUCCGCGUCCGCGGGGGUGCCCGUGAAAGCGUACAAAUGCAACGUCACGUCGCAGAGCGAAGUCUCGGCCGUCAUGGCGCUCGUGACGUCCGAGCUAGGCAACGGGACGCUGGAUAUCGUCGUCGCGAACGCGGGCAUCGCGACGCACCAUGCGGCGCUCGAUUACAGCCCGCAGCAGUUCAGGGAGAUUAUGGAUGUGAAUCUCGACGGGGCGUUCUAUACGGCGCAGGCUGCGGGGCGGAUCUUUGAGACGCAGGUUAAGGAGGGGAGGGCGAAGGGGAAUGUGAUUUUUACGGCCAGCGUGUCGGCGAUUCUGGUUAAUGUGCCGCAGAAACAGGCGGCGUAUAAUGCGAGUAAGGCCGCUGUGGUGCAGCUGGCGAGGUGUUUGAGUGUCGAGUGGGUGGAUUUUGCGAGGGUGAACUGCGUUAGUCCG